AUUUUGAUAUUGAUAACAUAAUACAUGCAGCAAGGACUCCAGUGCCAUUUCCUACUUGUAUUAAAUCAAUCCAAAAGCUCGUUUAAAUUUAACUCAUACAAACAAACCGAUUGCAGUUUGACAAUUAUCUGUAUUUUCAAAGAGGGGCCUAUACUAUUGGCUGAUUUAUUUAACACCAUAAAUGACACACUUUAACAUUGGAAGUACAAAACAGCAUUGUAACUAGGACGUCCCCGCCACAGCCAUAUUACCCCGAUACUGAAGUUUCCUUGGCUACGCUUGUAACACACAGACUCACUCCUACAAUUAAGGACAUGCCGGAGUUAUACACACCGAAUAGGAGCAAAUGGCUCAAACCAUCAAGUUUGGCAGCUUUAGUUUUGCAUAUACUACUCCUCUAGAAGAUGGAACGCUCUCCCCAUCAAGAUAGGUGAUGCCAGCGCAUUCACUUAUUACCAUCCCUGUACACAAUAACCCAAUUCAAACUACGACUCUUUCGAAACUGACCAAGAAAUCUUUUAUCAUUACGCUGAAGCUACGAUUUUUUUCUGGUACAAGACUUGAAGGUCCCUUUUCCCUUCUUCUUACAAUGUAAUAUUUGAUAUUGCUGUGUAUAAAACGAGAUAGAACGUAGACUUUUGUGGUGAUGUUUAAAUCUAUGUCAUUCCGUUUGUAAACUAAGUUCAAUGUUUACAUUUUAUAUGCUAUGACCUCGUUGCACAUUUAUCUGCAAUCAUAUCAGAUAGCACAACACGGUCCUGACCUACAAAAUGUAAUUCAAUGUUUCUUUGCAAAAAGAAUCAAAUAAUAUUUCAUCUGGCAAAAUAAUGGAUCCCUAUUUUCAAGGAAAACGUGUCAUUGUUACGGGAGCGGGCAAAGGGAUUGGAAGGCUACUGUGCAUAAAGCUGGCAAAAUCAGGAGCUAAAGUAAUAGCAAUAAGUAGAACUACGGAGGAUUUAGACAACUUGAAACUUGAGGAUUCAUCAAUAGAAAUCCAUACUCAAGACAUAAGUGAAUGGAGCAGUACAAGAAAACUGAUAGAGGAUAUUGGUCUAGUGGAUAUGCUGGUAAAUAAUGCCGCAGUAGAUAGGAAGAAACCAUAUCUUGAAAUUAAAGAGGAAGACUUUGAUUAUAUAUACAACACGAACGUAAAGGCUGCAUUUAAUAUAUCUCAGGCUGUUGUUAAAUGUAUGGUCGAGAAACAAACGGGUGGUGCAAUUGUGAACGUGUCUAGUAUCGCAGGAAUCAAUGCGGUACAUUCUAUUGGGACAUACGGUUGUACAAAAGCAGCAUUAGAUAUGAUGACAAAAACAAUGGCAUUGGAAUUUGGCCCUCAUCAGAUCAGAGUUAACAGUGUGAACCCAACGGUAGUGAUGACGAAAAUGGGAAAGGCGGCCUGGUCAGCUCCAGGGGUUGCUGAUACUAUUUUGAAAAGAAUACCUAACGGACGUUUUGCAGAGGAGAUUGAUGUAGUCGACGCCAUUGUGUUUCUUCUCAGUGAUAAAGCAUCAAUGAUUAAUGGCAUUCAUAUGCCGGUUGAUGGUGGACACCUUUUACAGUUUUUCUAGUCCUACAAAUCCUGAGCUGUACUUUAUCCAACCUUAUCUUAUUAUAGAUGUUUGCACAACUGUAGUUUGUGAAAAAACACCUUUUUAACUAUUCUGAUGUUCUGUUUUGUAUAUCAUAUUAAUUCUGUGAAGUGUUUAUGGGCAAUGAAAUAUUCAUAAUGUUUAAGAA